GAUCAUUCCUCUUAACGUUGAUUAUCUUGCCAAAGGUUAACUUCUCCUUGUCUGCCUUCUUCUACUGCGCGUUUCACCGGAUGCUCGUUAAUUCUUUUGUUGAUUGAAGCUCCCUUUGUGGCUUCAAUUUCAUGCAGGCGUCCAUCAAGCCAGUGCAAGACACAGGAGUUUGGGAGGUUUUAUCUUCUACUUGGUGGGAGAUCAGGUAUGGAUCUAUCAACUGGUCCUUUGACACACAACACUCUCGUGUUACAAAACCUGUCUCCCAUCCAAAGCCACCCCAUUAUCAUGGUGCCCUACUUAGGACUUCCCGUCCAAGACGGCGUUAUAAGGUUCUUUGUAAAGCUAAACCAUAUGGGCCAUCUCAAGAUCCGACAUCCUUGCCACAUAACUCCGACGACGAAUGGCCACUCUCCGAGUCACUCAAUCUUAAUUUCAUUGGCGUCAAAGUGGCAGAAGAGAUUUUGAGGUCGUACGAAUUGGAUUCUGGUUGCACUCACUCUAUCAUGCCUGAAAUUAGCUUGGACGAGUUGUUUACAAGUCGGGUGGAGUUGUCAGUCGAAAUCGACGAGGAGGAGGUCGAGUUUGCGAGGUCUCAGUGGGCUGAACUCGCUAGGGAUCUAGUUGGGGAUAUCCGGCUGUCUCGGGCUAUAUCCACCUCCGACCUUGACGUUUCCCGUCCCCAGUCUUCACUCUCCUCACUGGAAUACGAUUCAGAACCGUCUACCGACUCUGAUACGCUCCCUUCCACCCCUACACAAAGGAGUGCAUUCUCUGACGUCGAGGUACAUCAGCCUUCCCCAGUGUUGGAUGACCGUGGUCUUUCUCCACCCAAGGCUCUCAAUGGUUCUGCACAAACUUUUACCCCCAAAUCAGGCCUGCCAUCCAAAUUCUCGUCCCCGUUGGUAUCCCCCUCACCCGACUCCAGCUCACGCUCGAGCUCGUCUCCCACCCCAGUCAACUUUGCCUUUCCAGCUAUCAAUGGUAACUACCAGUACCUUCCUCCAGGCCUGAAAAAGGACGACCAAGGGUUCUACACAUCAGUCACACCACCCGGCUCAGCCCGUCUUGAUGCCGCUCGGCCUGCCUCACGGUUGUCAUCGACGCGUCUCCCGCAGUUCUUGUCAGAUGCUCAGUCGCGCAAGGCCUCCAAGACAAGAGUCAUCGUGGACCAGAUGAGAGCCACUCCCGUAGCCAGCAAGAAAGGAAGGCCUCGUAAUCAUUCCAAAUCUUCGUCCGACACUCCACUUCCAUCAGGACCCUCUGCAUCACCCAAUGACGCGGGAGAUAAAAAGGGUUCCGGCUCCGCGAAGGACCACACCACUGAUCCAGACCCACCCCUCAACCCCGACAACCACGUCACGCCAGGGAGAACCGGGUGGAAGGAGCUCCCAUCACCUACGCCCACCGUCAAAGCAUUGUUCCCAAGCAGCGCCGCACGCUCGUCGUUCCCUGCAACGCCCUCAUUUCCAGACGCGGCUUUCAUUGUACAGCCCCACACGCAGCCUGGACCCUUCUACCCCGUCCCACAUGCGCCAGGCUAUCCAUUCACAUACGUCCCGGCCCGCGCAGCGCCCCCACCACCACCACCGACAUCAUGGGUCCCUCUCGCUGCUCCCGCUUACCCAAGCGGCAUGUACGCGAGACCCGUGGUGUGGUAAUGCAUAUGCUACGAUCUUUGUUCUUUGUUCUUCAUCUUUUGUUCUUUGUCCAUUGUCCAUUGGCAUUCGCGUCAUAAUUAUUGUAUGUAGCAAGCUCCCAUCGUUUUGUCUUGGCAGUCAGUGAGAUGAUUCGGACCCCUACUUGUAAUUGUUUGGUAUGUUCUUGUGCUUAACGUAUGCCUCGGGGCGUGUCUUUUUUACUUGUAUCUUGGAAGAUUUUUGGUUUUAUGUGUGUAUAUGCGCGUUGCGAAUGGUAAAUUUAAACGUCGUGCUUUUGUUGUUUGUG